CCCUUUUUUCUUUACAAAUUUCCCAGAGGAUUGGCCAUUCGAGCAGAUGUGGCACACUUUCAACAGUCUAGGUCUCGGACGGGUAUUAGAGAUUGAUUGCCCAGUGAAGAGAGACAGAUUGGGCAGACGGUUCGGGUUUGUCCGAUUCCUAGAUGUAAAGAAUGAGGGUGAACUGGGAAGAAGACUGAAUGAAGUCAGGAUAGGGAGUUAUGCAUUGCAAGCAAACAAACCGAGAUUCAUGAAGGGGGAUCGAACAAAAAUGGAGAAUGCUAGCAACCGCCGCAUGAUACGGAAAUGGAGCCAUCAUAGCACUAAAGGUGAUGGUAACGGACCUUCAUACGCUGAGGUCGUACAAGGUACUAUCAGAAAGGGGGGAGAAAGUUCCAAGAAUAGAAGCUGGGAAUGGAGAUCAGGACAGAGGAAAGGAAGCAAAGAUCCCAGUACCUUUGAAGGUCAGCAGAAGGAAUGGCAUCCAAAACAACAGCUCCAGCACUGGUCGGGUAUAGAGUUGAAGAUCGAUCAGGAAGAUUAUGCAUGGCUGAAGAAGUGUUUUGUUGGUAAAGUGCACUCAGUAAACUUGAUCCCGAACUUGCAAGAAAAAUUCUUCUUAGAAGGAGUCUUCUAUUGCAAAAUCACACCUAUGGGAGGCAGAUUAGUGCUUUUAGAAGGCAAAGAUUAUGAGGAUUUGAAGGAGCUGGUGGAUAGGGGCAUAGAUUGGAUGGGGCAGUGGUUUGAAGAGGUGAGACCAUGGUCCCCUUGUGCGGUUGCUACAGAGAGGUUCGCUUGGAUCCGUUGCCAGGGGUUACCAGUGCAUGCAUGGAAAUUAGAGACUUUUGAAACCUUUGGAAGGCUAUGGGGAAAACUGAUAUCUCUCGAUGACAGCACAAGCAGCAAGCGGAGAUUUGAUGCUGCAAGGUUCUUAAUCACCACACCAUCCGCAGAGUCAAUCUCCAAGACUAUCACUGUAAAGAUUAAUGGCGAAUUUUUCACACUGAAAUUUUCAGAAGAAGAGUCGACCAAUUCAUUAUUCACAAUGAAGUCGGACAGGGUAUUCCAGGCUCCAAAUGAAGAUGAAGAUGAUGAAAGCAGCUCCUUAGAUAGUCAAUAUGAGUUAGAUUCUGUGAAAUAUAUGGAACUGUUAGAGCAUGAUGAGUGUCAGGUUUCCGGUAAUGAGGGCGUUGGAGAUAGGGAGAUCACGGAGAAUGAACUGGCAAACCAGAAAGCUCUCGACGGAGGCAGGGCAUGCUCGGAGGAUGAUCUGGCAGCACAGUUCGAUGAGGGGGGAAUCAGGAUCGAGGUGACGGGUCAUGAUGAUGAGGUGGUUAGCUACAGUAAGAUGAUGGAAGACUCCAGACGAAAGGGGGGAGAGAUAACUUCUUCUAAUACCGAGGUGGUUGAGGAAACAACGGGCAUGGGUGAAUCCGGAAAGGGAUUUCAGAAUUCAAAUUCAAACUCAGAAAAUCCAAGAGAGGGGGAUACAAGAAAGAUUUCGAAGGAUCCAGAAAUGACGGCUAAUAAAGCUGAUCAUGGAAACUGGGAUAAUGAUAGCCAAUUCAGCUCUAAUGCAGAGAAGGGGAGCCUCGGUAAGUCCACUCAAAAGAGAACAAGCACAACAGAAGAAAGGAGCAGAAGUCACGGCCCAGAGGAAGAAAAAGAUAGAGCCUUACCUGAUGGGCCUCCAACAAAAGAAAUGGGCCUACAAGAGGAGAUGGGGCUGAGGGUGAUUGAUUCACUCAAAUCUUCAAGUUUAGGCCCGGUAGAGCAGUCGGUGAAAACAAUUAUCAGGCCAAAAAUAAAUAAUAGCCAGACCAUCUCUUCUUUUUGGGAGGACCUCGAUAGUGAUCCCGAGAUUCCAACUCAUUGGAUGAACAUCAAGGAUGGGAAUGGUAGAAGAAAAAAGAAGAGAAGAGCGAAGUCCUGCGCCUCGGUCUACAGGAAAACAGGGGGAUUGGAAGGCAUCCUAAUUCAGCAAAAUCCGAAAGGACAGAGACAUGCAUCAGUGAAAACAAAGAAGGAGGUUCUGUUCGAAAAAAAUCCAGAAAAGCCGGUGGCGGAUGACUCGAUCAACGACAGCAACAUCCAAAAUCGGAAUAGAAGCAUUGAUCUGAGAAGUAGAAAACGGAAUAUGGAAGCUUUAUGGUCCCGGGUCAAAGAAAUGGGGGUAUCGGCUCAAGGAGAAGAAGCAGGGGUGAUACAGAAAUUGAAUGAAAUGGAAAGCAGAGAUAAGGAAAAAUGGAGGAAGGAGAAACAAAAGAAAUACAGUAAAGGAGAUCAGGUUGAGGUUUUGUUUAUUCAAGAAACUAAACUGGAGUCUGUAGACGAUAAGAUUUGUAGUAUGUUGUGGGGCUCAGAUAAAUUUGAGUGGGUAGCACAAUCCGCGUCUAGAGCUUCCGGGGGAAUGGUAACUAUUUGGAACCCGUGCGUCUUCAAGAAGACUAAUAGCUUUCAAGGGGCAGGUUUUUUGGGUGUUGAGGGGAUUUGGGGAGAAGAAAAUAUUCCUUGUUUUCUGGUAAAUGUCUAUUCUCCUUGCGAUUUGGCUAAUAAGAGAUCCCUAUGGGAGAAUCUGUCCAGUAUAAUAUCCUCUCAUAAAGGCAACUGGUGCAUAGCUGGGGAUUUCAAUGCCAUCCGAAACCUUCAGGAAAGGAAAGGUGGUAUCAGCGUCAGGAGGGAGAUCAGGGAGUUCAGUGAAUUCAUUGAGAUGAAUGGGUUGAUAGAUCUUCCUAUGAUAGGGAGAAAAUUCACCUGGUACCAACCGAAUGGUCACUGUAUGAGCCGAUUGGAUAGGUUUCUAUUCUCUGAGGAAUGGAUGCUUAAUUGGACAGACUUGAAGCAAUGGGGGUUACCUAGGGCUCUGUCAGAUCACUGUCCAAUUCUGAUCAGUGGAAUAACUCAGAUAUUCGAGGAUGGGGAGGCUUUGUGUUGAAAGAGAAGCUAAAAAGAGUGAAGGCUUGCACGAAGGAAUGGGCACGGUCUCAAGUGCAAA